UGGAUUGAUGGCAUCUUUCUCAUGAUAUGCUAUCGCUAGGGAGUAAUAUUCACGAAUGUUUUUGUUUCUUGAGGUACUGCAGUGAGUGCAUCCCAUUAUAAUACGAUCGGUUAGUAGAUACCACUGACACACUUUGUGGAAAUAGUGACUUGUUACCUCAGUCCUGAGUACCGUUGUUUCCUGUACAUGCCGUUUCAGCACAUCGAUAGUUACCCCGGAUUUUGAAUACAUGAAUCUAGUCGCUGGUGUACGUAGAUCUACGUGUAGGUGCAUCGACUGAAAUGGCUUACUACCCACCACCAGAGGCACCGACGGUACCUGGGUACCCCGUUUCAAGUACAGGCGGUUACGCCCCGGCCCCUCAGCCCGGAUACCCGGCUCCCGGAGCCCCAGCUGGCUACACGGGACCGCCAGCUCAUCCUGCCCAGCCCGGGUACCCCCCGCAGGCAGCAGGCUACCCAGCCCAGGUAGGCUAUCCCACUGGGGUUGCCGCGCCUCCUGUCAGCACUACAUAUCCUGCAGCAACAGCAGCAGCACCCACCCUAGGGUAUCCUGCUCAACCCGGAUAUCCACCAGCUCAACCCGGAUAUCCGCCAGCUCAACCUGGGUAUCAGGCGGCUCAACCUGGGUAUCAGGAAGCUAAACCCGGGUACCCGCCGGCUCAACCCGCAUAUCCACCUGCAAGUGCCCAGCCUGCAUAUCCAGCAGCUGCACCAGCAGCUCAACCGGUAGUGCACCAUGAUGCACCUCCGCCAUCUUACACCGACGUCCUAACGCAGCAAUUUCCCUCUCCAGGUCAGCCAGUGGUCGCAGACCCAACCGGUGUACUGGCCAAACUGUACCACGGUGCCAAGAUUCAUCUCACCUCGAUAGCCACUAGAAAGAACUUGCGCAUCCUUGGAGAUGGAACUGUCAAUGGAUUGGGUGGAUGCGGCAUUUUUGCUACGUUCUUUGUGGAGAAGGUUUCUGGAAAGCCACAGGAUGUGAUCCGACUGCGCAAUGCCAACAAUCCACAAUACUACUUGAAUAUUAUCCAGAGUCAGCUGGUAGCAUCGAAUGGGGCAACGGAGACAUCUCUACUGCGUGUGAAGCCUAACAAAGGUGAUAGUAUUUGCCUCGAGUCGUGCGUGUGCCCAGGCCAGCACGUCGGUAUUCUCCCCUCUGGUAGUGUGAAGCCAGCCAAGGCAACCGGACGAGGUCCACACGGACAGUUUACUGUCGUUACUGCGGCGGACCCAUCCCAGGCCAUGGCUCUACUCCAGCCCGAGUCCAAGAUUCAUUUAGUGUCCGUGGCAACCAAUAAAUCACUGCGCAUUCUUGGCAACGGAACUAUCAACGGUCAGGGCGGCUUCGGCGCAUUUGCUACUUUCUUUGUGGAGAAGCCAGCUGGUCAGACAUAUGACACUAUUCGUCUCCGUAGUGCAAACAAUCCGUGCUUCUACAUCAACAUCAUCAAUGCCCAGCUUGUUUCUUCCAAUGGAGCGACGGCAACGUCUCUGCUCCGCGUGAAGCCACACGCUGAUGGCAAUGUCAGUCUGGAGUCGGUCUGUGCUCCUGGCCAGCAUGUUGGCAUACUGCCCACUGGACAGCCUAAACCAGCGAAUAACACCGGCAUGGGACCACACGGCCAGUUUUCUAUGAGAAAAGCAUGAGGAACUAAAGUAUCAUCUAGCCAUGAGGCAAUCCUGUCUAGACCACGUGCAGUGGCUGUGCAAAGACCUGGGGAGAACUCUCCUGGCGUCUUAGCGGGCCUAAUGUUGCAAAGAACACCGCUUACGACUAUUCAGAGAAAUUCUUCUUCGCACCGAUGUAAGACCAAUCCAAGAACUUACUUGCCAUGUUCAUCUUGCAUCAGAGUAUUUGGAGUAUAUCCAGAUGGCACACGGGGACCUUCACACUCAUUUUCAAUAAAAAUUACAUAAUUUAUGUGUCUUAGUCUUUAGUCUUGUGUAAAAGUUUCACAUAGUUGUCCAUGUGUCAAUGGUACAUCACGUGCCUUUUCCAGUUUUCCCGUUUCAACUAUUGCCGACCAUUCUUCUUCUUUUUAAAAUAUUCGAGUAGUUUUCCACGUGCCGGAAGCUGGCUUAUAAUGUCAUGACAUUGUACCAUGACUUUUUAUACUUCCUGACCUUCAAAGCCCUUUUCUAAUCCUCUUUGUCUAUUCUGGCUCACAUGCUCAAAUAUCUAGCUGUGUAUGGCACCCUGACCUGCCCAAACCUAUUUACAUGUAUUCCCAAUGAAUUCUGGCCAUGUUUUUUCACUUUUUUUGCCACACCAUUUUCCAGCACAUCCAUAGGUUAUGGUGUCAGAAGAUAUUAUAUUGAUAUUUUUAGGUUUAUGUCUGGGAAUUGAAAUGAAACAGAAUACACCUUUCUUCAUUCGA